CGCGCCCCGAGGCGUGCCGGCUACAUCGCCAGCCUCGUCCCGCGAAUUGCUUCCAAAAUCGAUCUCAAUAUAUAUUUAGAAUUAAAAUAAAUUGUGCGAUACAGUCCUGUGCCCGAACUAUUUUACCAUAUUUUUGUUAAUGGUUUAUGAACUUUUUGUUUUACUAUUAUGUAACGGAUUCAAACUUUAUUCGCUGAUUUAAAAACAAGUUAGUGGGACUGUACAAAAGUGCACAAAAGUAGAAUCAACAAAAGCCUGCAAUCAGUUGGGACAUCAAACCAGUGUUAAAUUCGUGAGACAAACGAUACAGUGUAAUAAACAAAGGACUUAAGUCUGAUUGUAAUGUUAGUGAGUAGCAACGUUAUUGGUGCAAAAAUGCAAUGGGCCGGUGGGGGGGCGGGGGGCGUUCUGAUUGGCUGUCACAGUGAUUCAUUGCAUUCGAUAGUAAAGUUUCAUUAAGAGCGGACGUCCAAACGCCAAAAUGUCAGCAGAUCAAGAAACUAAUAGCAAAAUAACAAUAGGGUCCGCCGUGGCCAUGAUCGGAGCGAACCUUCGCUUCGGUUCAGCAGGGGCUACUAAUUCUUCAGUGGUCAAUAACACGCGGCACUGCCCGCCAGGUGGUGCUGCGAGCGCUGCCGCUCUACUAGCACUCUCCAGUCUAGGAAUGUCUGCUAAUUUAGCACUGAUGGCGGUAAUACUCAGCAAAAAACAAUUGCGAAGAUGGUCUCAUGGUCUGCUGUUUCACCAAGCGGUUGUGGACCUCGCUCGGGCAGCCAUCUUGCUACCUCUCGGCAUUGCUGUGUUCCGAUGCCAGCCAGUCUACAAAUGCUCGUUGGUUGAAACGGCAUUUCUGCUCCUGGUGACAGUGUCUACAGUGAACAUGCUCACGACAGUUCUCAACGACAGUCCAAUUUUCCCCGAAAAUGAGGAGGAGCAAGCUGAUUUAUCGGCACCAUUACUGAUGGACAGCCCGCAGUGCGUCCUUUUCGGAACAUUCAUGAUCUGGUUCGCAUCGAUAACGAUAAAUCUCGGGCCCACGUUCUUAUCUGGGGCUUUGGCUGCCAGUGCAGGCUCUUACGGGUCUUACGGGCCGGCUCCCUCGUGUCCUUUAGUGCGAGGACCCUUCAGGCAUUACGUGCUUAACGCUCUUUGGAUAGGCGUUAACGCUGUCUGCAUUGGAUUGACACUUUUCCACUUGAAAAAGCUCCACCGAGAUCUCACUAAGGCUAACGUAGAAGCAGUACGGGUAGCUGGUUUAGUGACCACGCUUGUCAGCAUGGCAGGUGACAACAGGCGGAUGGAUAACCUGCCCAACAGCGUCGGACCCAGGACUGUGGACGGUACUCUUUCGGAUGGUCGCCCAACUGGCAGCAACAACCUUCCCCUGGGUGGUGGUCGCAGACUGCGAGGUUAUCUGGCGCGAGUGGAGCGUGAGGGUGUCCGUCGUGUACGAAUGUUCCUCGUCAUCACUGCAGCAUAUGUGCUGUUCUGGGGCCCACUGUUUCUGAUCACUCUGCUGCAUCACCCGGCUCUCACAUCGCACAUAGCUUAUGAAAUGUAUUUCCAAAUCACACUACAUAUCUCAUAUGUCCACGCGGCGGUUAAUCCUCUGCUGUUCAUGGCUUUACAUCGGGCUUUACGGAGAGCGGCUUUGCAGUUGUGCUGCGGUUGUUGCGUACAUUGGAGUCAGUUUGUAUUGGCUCUGACUGCAGCUGCCCAAUCACCACUAGCCCCAGCGUCGUUCUCUCCCGCGGCAGUGUCUCCGGAGCCUCCCCCCGCGCCCCCACCACCGAUGGCUCCUCCCGCCCCCCCGGCGCCGGCGCACUCCGCGCCUGCGCCUCACACGAUGAUGAGUUGGGAAGUUGAGGAGUGUGACGCUGAGAGUAUGUCGAGUGCGCGUGUGCAGGGAGACGAGGAUAUGAUGGGGGAGGCGUGGAGCGGCAGCGUGCGGCGGGUGGCGCGCUCGCCGAGCCCGCUGCUGCCCGCGAUCUGAGGCGCGCGGGGCUCGCCGGCCGCCUCGCCCGGCCCCUACGUGCCGCAUCUGCCGCACUCGCCGUACAUGCCGCGCGCGCCGCCGCCGCCGUCGCCCGGGGCCCGCUUGUCCGACAUAUCCUACAUGUGGCCGCUGUAGUCGUCCGGUACACGAUCACGUUGUAAAUAUUCGUAAGAACAGUAGCGUCAUCAGAUUGUAUAUACAUGUGUUGAGGUGUGUCUGUCUCAGUAGUCGUCAUGCUCUAAACUUAUUGAUGUAUAGAAAGGGUAUUUAUGAAUAUUACAAAAUUAUAUCUAAGAUAAUUUUAAACUUAGUAGAUUGUUGUUUGUGGUAAAUAUAAUUUACAAAGAUAAAUAUAGGUUUUGAAUUGUACAUUGUGUAAUUUCAAUUCUUAUUCCGUAAGUUAUAAUAGAAAGCUAAAUUCUAAAAUCACGAGAUGUUAGAAGAAAUAUAUUAAAUGGCACUUUCAGAUGAUAAUUCAGUAGUAGUAAUCCCAACACAAAUAAAAUAAAUAUAAAAAUAAAAUACAUAUUUUUGUGAAGACGUAUGUAGUUUGUGUGAAUCUCAUAAAAUGGAACACCAAGUAGAUAGGAACGUGUAAAAUAUAAAACAAAACAAACUGUAGAUUAGUAAGAGUAAUUUACUAAUUGUAUCAUUGGGUCUCUUCCUAAAACAAAAGUCAAACUAAUUUUGUAGCUUAACGUGGCCAACAGUGAAACAUCUGUUUAAAGACUGAAUAUUUUUUUGUAUUUUAUUUUAUACCAAUUAUUUAAUUAAGACACAAAUAUUGAUAUUUUACUGUUUAUUUUAUAUUUAGAUUUAUAUAUGCAUUGUAAUAUGUUUUCUAUUAAAAUAUAUGUGCCAACCCAAUGUAUGAACACCCUUAUGAAAAUCAUGUGAGAUAGAUGUUAAGAUUUAUCAAUUUUUUCAACGGGACUUCUUACAUUAAUAUAUAAAUUUAUGUUCAAAAAACCUAAAAUUAUUUUGUAAAUAGUUGAUGUUACUCAGAAGAACAUAAAUCACUUGUAAAUACACCUUAUUUUGAUUAUUGAUUCAAGAAAUAUCAUCUAUGGCGAAAAAUAUUCUUCGUAGAAAAUGUGAAAUAAAUGUAUUUCCUCAAUUAAAUAUUCUUUAGACGUACUAAUAAAGCAC